AGCAAGCACUCAGUCCUCCAGGUGACCAAAAACCACUUCUAAUCCUGGAAGCAGCAUGGAUACGCAGUUUGUCUAUGACCUUUUAGGGGAAAAUGCUUGGCUGUACAUCAGUGUUACCUUCGUGGUGUUGUGGAUUAUCGUGUGGCUGUACAGAGACAGCCUGGAGAUUGAGGACUUCGGGGACAAAUAUGUCUUUGUGACCGGCUGCGACUCGGGGUUUGGAAACCUGCUGUGUAAGAAGCUCGAUCGUAAAGGUUUCCAUGUGCUGGCUGGCUGUCUCACAGAAAAGGGAGCUGAUGACCUGAAGAGGGUGGCGGGGCCCUAUUUGAAGACUGUCCUGCUGGAUGUGACCAAUCAGGACAGCAUCCAGAAAGCCAUGGAGUGGACCAAGAAGGAGGUUGGCGAUAAGGGACUUUGGGGUAUUGUGAACAAUGCAGGACGCUCAUUACCCAUGGGCCCGUCGGAGUGGAUGAAAGUGGAGGAUUUCCACAGCACGCUCAAAGUCAACAUGAAUGGCGUGAUUGGCAUGACAAUGACCUUCCUGCCGCUCAUCAAAAAGGCUCGCGGCCGCAUCGUGAACGUAGCGUCGGUGCUGGGCAGGGUGGCUGCAAACGGUGGCGGAUACUGCAUCUCCAAGUUUGCGGUGGAGUCUUUCUCUGACUGCCUCAGGAGAGAUAUAAACUACUUUGGAAUCAACGUGUGCAUCAUUGAGCCGGGGUUUUUCAAGACUGCGGUGACGAGCCUCGAUCCCCUCGAGAGGGAGCUGCACCGCCUGUGGAGCCAGCUCAGCCCUGAAGUGCAAGCCAGCUAUGGAGACAAGUACCUUGAUAAGUAUAUCAAGGUCCAGCGUUUGAUCAUGAAUGCUGUCUGCGACUCCGACCUCACCAAGGUGACCAGCUGCAUGGAGCACGCUCUGACUGCUGCCUACCCACGCACCAGAUACAGCGCCGGCUGGGAUGCCAAGCUUAUCUGGAUCCCCCUCUCGUACAUGCCUUCCUGUGUAGUUGAUAUUGGACUGAAGCUGGUGCUGCCUCGUCCUUCAAAGAGCGUGUAACUCGUGAUGUCUUUGAAGAAAUGGCUUUAAAGUUAUCUGCCUUUUGGUGUCAUUCUGAUGCAGUAUGGAAAAAGAAAUUAAUCUUUUUGCCUUUCAAAGAAACCCAUAUUCCUUAUCUGCAUUGGCCAUGCAAUGAUCUGAUGUUGCAAUUAUGAUAUUUAUAUGUGGAUAAUCUGCCAUGUUAAAGUAUUGUCAAGAAGAAAAUAAUGAAACUGUAUUAUAUAAUUGACUGUUCAAUAAUUGUCUUGUUUGUUAACACUAUGCUGUGCCUUUUGACGCUGUUAUUUAUGUUCCUUGAUAUG